AAUGAUGUACUAAAUUAAAAAAAACAGUUUUCCUGGCAUUACCAGAAGUGACGUCACAUCGCAAAUUGGUUAGUUAGGGUGCGGUGGGAUGGUGCCAGGAUGGGGAUUAUUAAACUGGCAGAUUUGAUUCGAUUGGAAGCUCCCGGUGCGAUUUCCCACAAAGAUAUCAGUGACUAUACAGUUUCUGCUUACUCCACAGGCAAGAUAAUUGCAUUGGAUACAUCAAUUGUGAUGAACCAGUUCCGUACAGCAGCACCAUCACUCAAUCCGCUGACCGGUCUGUUCUUUCGCACGCUGACCUUCCUGGAACACGAGAUAAAGCCUGUGUUUGUGUUUGAUGGAAGGCCUCCAGGAGAAAAGCUCGCUAUUCUUCAGAAACGAGCCGAGGCAGCGGGUUGGCGCUCCCCCAACCAUUUGGGCACAGCAUCACCCCAAACAAAAGACUGUGUCCAUCUCCUGAAGCUUCUGGGUGUGCCUGUGGUCCAAGCUCCGGGAGAUGCUGAGGCUUUUUGCGCUUGGCUGGUGCGACAGGGGGCUGCGGAAUCUGUGGCAUCGGAGGACAUGGACACAUUGCCGUUUGGAGCGCAUGUUCUGAUUCGUCAACUGAAUGCUAAGAGAGACAGUGAUAUUGUGGAAUAUUCUUUACCGAAGUUGUUGGAGAAGCUCCAACUAACUCACAAAGAGUUUGUUGACCUGUGCAUCUUGCUGGGAUGCGACUACUGUGACAAGAUAGCUGGUUUAGGUCCAAAGAGAGCUCUGAGACUCAUCCAAAAGUACCGCACUAUUGAAAAUGUCGUUUUGCACAUCAACAGAAAGACCCAUCCGGUUCCAGAUAAUUGGAAAUACGAAGACGCGCGGAAGUUAUUUGUGGAAACGCCACACGCAGAAGUACCCGAGUUGAUGUGGACUGAGCCGGACGAAGAAGCCUUGGUUGGGUUUUUCUGCAAGUGCACACAUGUCAAAGAAGAACGAGUCCGUCGGCGCAUGGAGAGAUUCCGACAGAUACGCGAGAGUACGAGAAAGCAGAGGGAGGAGGCGACGGCAGCGGGACAAGGGAGGCAAACUCGGAUGGAUGACUUUUUCAGAGUUCUUCGAAAGAGGAAGCAGCCUGUGGAAGCUGCAGAAAGUGGAAACAGCAAGAGAAAGAAACCAAAACUGAAAUGAAGCCAUCCAAUGUGGAUGGGACUUGUUUGGACAUCUGUCUGCCUUUGCAGAACUCUCACAAUUAUGUCAAACCCAUUUUGUUGUUGUUGUUGUUUUUUUUUUUUAUCCAAACAAAAGGUUGUGCCUCAUUUCCAAUGUGAAACUCACAUUUUUCCAACAUAACAAAAUAUUAUUUAUUAUUAUUUUUUUUUAGUGGUUCUUGAUUAUGUAGGUCGAAAAUAAUAGUUCAUUGUUGAGCGGUUUUGUUUAAUAUGGGACUGGUUUUCUUGCCUGAGUGGCAAAAUGCCUCAGAGUGUACAUUUUGAAGUCCAGCAUCAUCUCGCCAUCAAGAAGGGCAGAGCAAGUAGUGGCUCACUAUGAAAGAGGCCAGUGUGAUCGCUGUCAGAGUUGCCAAGGCCAAAAGAAACAGGGGAUGUCUCAUCUCAAGGUAUUCAACUAGCACCUGUUGUCUAAUGUGUGCCAAGGCGCAGACCACAGACUUGAAUUAUGUUGGUGGAUUUAUUUUAUUUUAUUUUUGUUCCCCAAAAGAGUUCAAUGAAGCUGUUAUAAUCUGUGUCAACAACAUUUUUUUUUUCAAAACACUCAUCUAGUUGGACUACAGACAUUGUUUAACUACUGGCAGUCAAAUUAAAACAGUGUUCAAGCAAUUUCUUCGUUGGUAUUGGUGUAUGCGUUAGAGUAACGUGGUUCGCAUUCACUCAUGUACCGUGAAAUAAAUAAUUACAUGUGCUGCGGGGAAAUGA